CGUCCGUCUGCACUUCUGCCCCGCUGACAGCUUUCAUGGUUACUGGACCUUUUGUAUGGGCUACUGAUUUCGAGACUGCCUUCUCCCUCGGUACUGUACUUUGGCUUUUGGCUGGAUUAACUGUGUAUGAACUUUGCUUGUUUUCGACAACGCUCAUUGGACAUUCCCUUAAUAAAGCCCUGACGGGACUUUAUCACAUCUUUGGUGUCUGAGUCAUGCAUUUUGGGUCCUACCCCCGACGCACCCGUCUCAUAACUGGUGUUAUAUGUGUGCCAGUCAACUGCUGGUUUGAUCGUACCGUUUCAUUCUUCAUGAGGCUUUGCUUGUGUGGCAGGCACAAUCUCCCCUAAGGAAACCCAGUGCAGGCUGGAGCAUGGAGGACUAUGAUGAGGAGAUAGCCUUCCUUGGCAACUGGGGAAGAUUUCAGCAGACGGCCUUUUUCCUGCUCUGUGCCACUGCCAUGCCCAACGGUUUUACCACUGUCUCCAUGAUAUUCCUGGGAGACAGCCCAGCCCAUCACUGUCUGAUCCCAGAGGGACUUAACAUCACUGAGGAGUGGAGAAAGGCCAGCAUUCCCACACAGGAGGUGAACGGGGAGACGGAGUACAGCAGGUGCAGGAGAUACAGGCUGGAUUUGAUCUCAAACUUCUCAGCCCUGGGCCUGUCCCCCAGUAAGGAUGUCAACCUCUCUCAAGUGCCACUCGAGGGCUGCUCUGAUGGAUGGACCUACAGUAAGGAGAUCUACCAGUCCACCAUAGUCACUGAGUUUGAUCUUGUUUGUGGCAACGGGUGGAAACAGCCCUUUACUACCUCCGUCUACUUCAUUGGUAUGCUGUCUGGAGCCUUCUUCUCUGGACAACUUUCAGACAGGUUCGGGAGGAGGCCAAUCCUUUUCAUUACCAUGGCGAUUCAGACGGUAUUCAGCUUCAUUCAGGCUUUCUCUCCAUCAUGGGAGGUGUUCUCUGUGCUCUUCUUUAUCGUGGGACUGGGACAGAUGUCAAACUAUAUCUCUGCAUUCGUACUGGGAACAGAGAUCCUGACAGGGACUCCACGGAAGAUUUACACUUCCCUGGGUAUCAACGGCUCCUAUGCCAUUGGCUACAUGAUACUGCCCCUCUUGGCCUACUUUAGCAGGGAUUGGAAGACUCUCCUGCUGGCCAUGUCUGUUCCCAGCUUUGCCUACAUCCCCCUUUCAUGGUUGAUCCCGGAGUCCCCUCGAUGGCUUCUCUCUCAGGGCCGGGUGGAGGAGGCAGAGGCCAUUUUGAGAGGUGCUGCCAAGAAGAACAGAGUCACAGCUCCAGAGGUCAUCUUCACCCAAACAGAGGUUGAACAGAAACAAUCUAAAACAGAGGACUUCCAUGGAUUUCUUGAACUCCUGAAGACCAGUGGCAUCCGGCACAUCACACUAAUAUUGUGCUUAGUGUGGUUUACUCUAAUUAUUGGGUACAUUGGCCUGUCCCUGAACACAUCUACCCUACAUGGAAGCCCUUAUCUCAACUGUUUUAUUUCUGGUGCCACUGAGAUCCCCGCGUAUAUCGCCAGCUGGCUGGCUGUGCACUAUUUACGUAGAAGAAUGAGCUUAAGCCUUAGCAUGCUGCUAGGAGGCGGACUUCUUUUCUUCAUUCAGCUUGUACCUCCAGGUCUGCACUCCCUGGCCGUAUCACUGGAAAUGAUAGGGAAAUUUUUCAUGGCCAGUGCAACUGCCUUUGUAUUUGUUUACACGGGAGAGCUGUACCCCACCGGAAUCAGAAACACUGCAGUGGGACUCUGCAGCACAGCCUCUCGAGUCGGCAGCGCCAUUGCUCCAUACUUUGUCCACCUUGGUUCAUAUGACAAGAAUUUGCCUUACAUUCUGCUGGGAAGCCUCACCAUUAUAGCCGGGAUCAGCGUUCUCUUUCUGCCAGAGAGCUUUGGGCUCCCCCUUCCGGACACCAUGGAUCAGAUGCCAAAGAGAGAGAGGAUAAAAUGGCUGUGUCAAUCCAGUGAGCAGGAAAAUAAACAGGAAAAUGGCAAGGCUGAUUCAGUGGAAAUCCUUGCGGAGAGCUUGCUGUAGUCACCAGAACUAUGUUUUCAUGAAAAAUGAUGUUGUAGGAGCUUUAUAACUAAGAAAAGGCCGUCCAAAACUUAAUUUAUUACAUUAUUGGCAUUUGGCAGACGCUCUUAUCCAGAGCUACGUACAGUUGAUUAGACUAAGCAGGAGACAAUCCUCCCCUGGAGCAGUGCAGGGUUAAUGGCCUUGCUCUAGGGCCCAAUAGCUGUGCAGAUCUUAUUGUGGCUAUACUGGGAUUCGAACCACCAAUCUUGCCUGCCCGAGUCAUUUACCUUAACCACUACACUACAGGCCACCCAUUUUUUAUGGUCUGUAGUCAUUGCUCAAUUUCCCAGGAAUACUGCAGCCAUCUUCAGCUCCUGGUUGGCUGUUAGUUUCCUUAUAUGUUCUCUUCAGCGCAUGUAACACACAGAGUUGGUUUUGGACCGGGCUUACAGUUUUUAUAUAUAGUGUGCAAUAAUUUCUACAUGGAUAAGCAAAAAAAAGCCUUGAAUAAAAGCAGAGAAUCUGUAUUUUAACCCCAGUGUAAUUAUUUCAUUAGAAAUUGAAUAGUGUGCAAUACAGAGCCAAACAUUAUGGUGGGAAAGAACUGUAUGAUUCACUGCUUAAAUACUUAAAUCAGUACAAACAGACAUUACAGAGUAUUCUCCACAUAGAGAGGCAGAAAAUGAAAUAUGAAUUUAGGUGAUUCUGUUAUCCAGAGCAACAUGCAACUGUACAUAUGUAACAAGGCUAGAAAAACAGCGUGAGCUGUUUAGCGUCAAGUGCAAAAACUAUUUUUAAAUUCAGAAAUUCACAAAAGUACAUGUACUUCUACGGAUGCACAGCAGGUGGCAGCAUUGACUCGAUAUCUGCUGGAAGCGCGCUCAAACUCUGGGACGAUAACUGAGAACUACAGACAUUUCAGGUGUGGCGGCUGUAGUACAGUGGUUAGAGGACUGGGCUGGUGGCCAUUCAUAUGUUUAACAUCAAGGAACAGAGUAGGUAUACUUUAUUUUUCCUGUAUGUGUUUUAUCUCCAGGGAGUAUUUUUUUUUUAAUGCGAGAGGUUAGUCUGCUGGCACUAAACUUCCAACAAUCUUCCAACAAUCAGUUUCAUGGGAAACGUAAUUCACUGCUUUUAUUGAGACCUUUUCAGUACCAUGAUCCACUGUAGUUACACAUUUCUUUACUGUUUACUGCCACAUACUUGUUACUGCCAGCUGAUUACAAAUAGGAGCCCUGCAUGAUUGUUUGUUUGAUUAUACACAUCGUUUCAGUAACAGUUUGGGAGUACACAUCCCUUUUACAUAUUCAAUCUGACAUGAAGAAUGAUAACAUAAGAGUCCUGGUAUUGUACUCAACACUGACAACAGCUAAAUGCUUAUGCAUACCAGGACAAUGUAAGGUUUUUUUUAUUUUCUAUGGUGCACAUACAACUUGUGACAAUCUUUAUGUAAUCCAAUAUUUUGAUGUGAUGCAGUUAUUGACAUUCUACAUCAAUGAAGAAUCACUCGUUAAA